AUGAUAAAAAUUGAGAAAGACAUAUGUAAAUCAUCCAAUAAUACAGAUAGCAUUUUGAGACUCUGUAAUUCUUAUGCAAAAAUAGGUAAUUAAAGAAUUCACAUUAACAAAGGAAGAUGUUUUUACAAUUGCUGCUAUUAUGAAUAGACUUUCAAAUUUUUAAAUUAUGCUCAAUAAUUACUCAUUUAACAUAAUCUCACUAAUAUAGGAGUUUAUACAUUAACUUUAACAUGAUUUGGCAAAAUAAAUAUUAUUUCAAAGUAUCAAAAUUAGGGAAGAACUAUAUUUCAAGUAAUUCAAUAGUAAAAUUCAUAAAUAUAUUAGUAAGUGGAUGAUUCAUUACAUGUAUCAGCUUAAUUGUUCUCGGAUCAAGGCAAAAUUGAAAAUGCUAUUUAAUCAAUUGAUUAAACCAUAUCUAUAUGGAUAUAUGUAUUGGGUUAUGAACAUAUUAAAACAGCUAAAUCUAUUUAUUUGAAAGGAAAUUUGUAUCUAGAAGUAAAAUUACUCCAGAAAGUAAUUAUUAUUAUGAAAGUCUAGAUUUAGAGUAAGCAGAAAAAUUAAUUAUUUAAAGUUUGGAAAUAGAUAUUAAAAUUAUGGGUGAUUUCUCAUAAGAUGUUGCUGAUUGUUAUCAUUCAUUUGGAAAGAUUAAAACCUAUAAUAAGAAUACGAAUGAAUUUGAAGAAUAUUUUAUAAAAUCAUAACAAAUAUUUUAAGAAUUGUAUGACUAAAGUCAUGCAAACAUUGCAAUUAUAUUAAAUAAUUUUGGAAGAUCAUAUUAAGAUAGAAAAUAGUAUGAAAGAGCAAUUAAAUGUUUUUAAUAAUUAAUAAAAAUACAUACUUAAUUAUGUUGAGAAAUUCAUUAAUUUAGCAAACAAAUUAAGAAACUAUGCUGAUUGUCAUAAGAAAUUAGGUAGAUUCAAAUAAGCUUUCAAUGAUUAUUGA